AUGGCUGCCCUGCCUGCAGAAGGAUGGCUUCGGGGUGAGAUUUUACUGCAGCGACCCAGUCGCUUGAGUAGGAAUGGACUACCGAGGGCUUUGACGUCAACAGCGACGGUAAGCACGGGUCAGGGCUGGACGGUGAUUUAUGGUCACUUUGGCAUUACUGUUGGGUUGUGCGGUACCGAGGUGGCCACCGGACCAGUGUUUCUUCAUGGUGCGGUCCAAACAGGUGAUCCUCUACGGAGUGGGUCACUACUGGAAGAGCUUUUGGUCACAAGCUUACAUGUGGUGACAGUAGCUGUGGGUGCCAACAAUCAGCUGCCACGCUGUAGUGCCACAUUGAGCAGCACUCAAGGCGACAACGGUCGGCUGGGAACGCUCACGUCCUGA